ACUGUCUGUACCCCGCUAUUGCCCGGUAAAAUUUAAGAAUGACUGGCUCUACACUAAUGCACUGGAUCGCAAUCCGAACUGACAGCUCCGACCUUCUACACCCGAAUCGGGGCUGGAACCCCGCCCUGGCUCAGUGACCGCAUCACUGGCACCACCGGGUCGUCCUCCGUCGAUAACGAUAAGUCCUCCAACUACUGAACCGACCCAAAUUACCUGCUUCCACCAAAAAGUCCUACAAUCUCAUCCACACCACCGCCAUCAACCAGACAACACACUCACACUCACACACAUACAAUCACCAUGUCUUCCCCGAACCACUCACCCCCCGGCAUUCUCCACGAAUACGCUCCCCACCUCGUCGCCUUCGAAUUCAGCUCCCCCACCAAUGACCCCAAGCCCAACACCCUCCUCUUCAUCGGCGGCCUCACCGACGGCCUGCACACGGUCCCCUACGUCCGCACCCUGGCGCAGACCCUGACACCCAAAAGCACCUGGAGCGUCUUCAACCUCCUCCUCAGCAGCUCCUACAGCGGCUUCGGCACGGGCAGCCUCGACACCGACGUCGCCGAGAUCGCGCAGUGCAUCGAGUUCAUCCGCACGCGCCUGCCGCACAAGGCCGCCGGCAAGAUCGUCAUCAUGGGCCACUCGACGGGCAGCCAGGACGUCCUGCACUACCUGCACUCGCAGCAGCCCCGAAACCGGCCGGCGGUCGAUGGGGCGAUCAUGCAGGCGCCCGUCUCGGAUCGCGAGGCGCUGCUGGUCAAGAUCCAGGAAGCAGACGGCUUCCAGAAAAAUGAAGUGCGGGGCGCCUACGAGCAACUCGUGCAGAUGGCGCGCACCGGGCCCGCCAACUUCCUCCUGCCCAUGGACUUGCUCGCCCGCGUGGGAUUGCCCGAGAAUACGCCGGUCACGGCGGCGCGGUUCUGGAGCCUGGCCAGUCCCGACAGUCCCCAGCGGCCGAGCGCGGAUGAUCUGUUCAGUUCGGAUCUGGGGGAUGAGAGUCUCGCGGCGACGUUCGGGAAGGUGGCGGAGAGGAGUCUUUUGAAGGGGAGGCUGAUGGUUCUGUUCUCGGGGGCGGACGAGUAUCUUCCCCCCUGGGUGGAUGUGCCGGGGUUGAUGGGGAGGUGGAAGCAGGCCGUGAAUGGUGGGGGGCAGAAUAUCUGGGAUAAUGAGGGCAGUGCAGCCAUUGAGGGGGCGAGCCAUAAUGUGAGUGACGUUGGGCAGGAGGAGCUGGUGCAUCGGGUCAGUCGGUUCUUGGAGAGAGUU